AUGUUGUGUACGCCAGUCUCUCUCCUUUCCUUAAACUGCGUGGUAACCAAGCCUUUAUGUUGCCACACACGUGCAGUCAUGGCGGACGAAGAGAGCGAGUUUGAAAGGCCGCGCAAAAUUCCUAAAACACUGAAAGAAAAGGACUCUGGAAAACGGCUUAUUGUAAUCCUAGAAAAAGCUUCACUUGAGACAGUUAAAGUAAGUACAAAACAUUAAUAUUAGUGGGGGACAGUAAGGAGCAAAGUUAAGUUUGAUAGACUCAGUUUGCUCUGGAAUGUUACGACCACAGCGGUUUGCUUUAUGUGGUAUUCUAUACUAACAUACGAUAUAUUCUUUCUACUCAUAGAAUGGAAAAAGUUUCGAGUUACUUAAUUGUGACAAACAUAAAACUAUAAUGAGGAAAAAUAAGAAAGAUCCGGCAACAGCUAGACCAGACAUCACUCAUCAGGUGAGGUUCACGUUACCAGUCUUUUCAUUUCUUUUGCCAGUUUUUUUUUUUUAACCUCAGCAUAAGUAUGUAAUAUAUUUGUGAGUUUCCUUCGAGACCAGGAAUAAAGUUGUUACCCUAAAUCAAGGAAUAAGUAAGGACCAUAUGUAAAGCACAUCACAUUGACUUCUAACCAAUUUUUUCUUUCAUUACUUUUCACCCGUAUUAAAACAGAGUUUGUUGAUGUUACUGGACAGUCCGCUGAACAAAGCGGGUCUUUUACAAGUCUACAUUCAUACAGAGAGAAAUGUCCUUAUUGAGAUUAACCCACAUACCAGAAUACCAAGAACGUUUGACCGCUUUUGUGGGCUUAUGGGUAGGUACAGGAAGUCUUUUGAUACAUGAUCUAUUGGUGAACAUAGUGAAAAAGCUAAAAAUAUUCAUCUGUGGUUUUGCUAAAAGGACUGCUUCACAGGUCAGUAAUGGAUCCUCUGUGUUUGCAUCAGUGCUCUAAUAUCACUUUGGUAUCAAAAAUGAAGUAAAAUAACCUAAAAAGCUUACCUACCAUAGUAUGGUAUUUAUAUCAUUUCUUAAAUACUUUUUAGAUACUUUUACUUAGAGGUUUAAACUGUACAAUGCUAAUGUUGUAAUUUCUUUUCAUUAAAGUUCAGUUGUUGCACAAACUUAGCAUUCAUGCUUCUGAUGGUCCUCAAAAGUUACUCAAGGUGAGCUUCAUCAUGGCAGUAUAGAAAGAUUCCUUGUAUUUCAAGGGGGGAUUAUUAUUACCACCAUGACUAGAGACUUUAACUGCGAAAAAGCUAAUUAUUGACUUUUUGGAUUGUUGGAGUGAUGUGCACAGGGUGACUAAUCCCUGUCUGUGUUAAGUUGUCUGUGCGUCCUGCAUGUGACACUUGACACAUGCAUACACCAUGUUCAAUCCUAGAGUGAAGUGAGCAUCAUAGUUCAGCCAAGAUCUUCAACAGCCUGGCUGAUUCCCUUGUCUCACACAAUACUUUUCAGUAUCUAGUUCUAGCUGUGGAGAAUGGAGCUGUAGUGAUAAUAAAUUGUAUCACUCCUGAAGUUCUGAACUUGUUUGUGAGAUGUCAUUCAACACCUCUUGUUGAUUAUACUUUAAUUUCAAAGUGUACACCCCUCCAAGUGAGAAAGUAGAUAAUUGUACCUUUUAAGCACAAUCUUUGUUUCUGCUCUUUUAUUUUCUAACGAAUCAGUCAGUGACAUGUAAUUUUAAUUAUCAGGUCAUCAAGAACCCUGUAACAGAUCAUUUGCCAACUGGUUGUAGGAAAGUGGGCAAGUUACUGUAAUCAAUUCAUUUGAUUGUACUGAGUGUAACUAAACUAUGUCCUUACUUCUUCUGUUCUGUUCAUUUAUGAAACAGAAAACUGAUAUGUCAUUUCCUUUCAGGAACAUCUUUUCAUUCUGAUAAUCUUGUGAAGUUAAAAGAUGUUAUACCAAAAGAUGAGCCCAUUGUGUUUGUUGUUGGAGCCAUGGCACACGGCUCGGUAAGGCCUUAAAGAAUGAUGCAAGUACUCAAAGUGAGAUGCUUACCACUUCACCUCUACACCUAAAACAAGUGCACACCACUGAGAUAAUGAAAAAUUGUAAUAACAGUUAUUUCAUACAUCCCUGAUUUCUAAUGGUUGUGGUUGUUUCUUCCUCCUCCUCCACUCUUCCUCAUGUCUGUCCUGUUAGAUUUGCCCUCACCUCAAUUUACCUUUGACAUAGGUGCCAUUAGUUUUCAAAACACAAAUUUUUUUUGAAACAAUUAAAUUUCCUCUACCUUUCAUUUAUUCAUUUUAAAUUUUUUCUGCAGAUUGAUGUUCCUUAUGUGGAAGACACUGUGGCAAUAAGUCAAUAUCCAUUGUCAGGGGCUUUAACUUGUGCAAAAAUCUGUACUGCUUUUGAAGAAGCAUGGGGAGUAGUGUGACAAUAGAUGAUCUUUUUAAUGGCUUUGUAAUGCCAUCAUUAAGGAAUUCAGGGCAACUGAGUAAACAGAAGAAGUUUUGGUACUUUGAAGAGCACCAACUUGUUUUCUUUGUAAUAUAAAACUAUAAAAAUAGAUUUUCUGGUUAAUGAUGAGUAUAUUGUCUUAUCCACUCUCAUAUUUUUUAAUUCAGGAAGCAACCAUGUCUAUGAAAGUGAGUUGUGGGAAUAUUUUCAGUAGAAAUGUCACUCACGGUAUACUUUCCCUAAGAGAAGUUAAACCUGCCCUUUCACUCUUCACUUGAAGGGCAAGUCACAAUUGUAUAGAACAAAAGAUACUUUUAAUUGAUAUGUCAAUCUGCAGAGUGGUUUUUGCCAGAGACAAUUCAUUAAAAUAAGACAACAGGGAAUGCAAGAGUUGGCUUUUUUCAUUUUAAGUGUUGUUUGAAAAGUACAGAUUUCUGCCCAACAUAGGGAAGAACACUUGCCAAGAAGUAGGUGGAAAGGAGUCUGAGAAAGUUACUGUAUUUACUUCAUUUAAUGUUGCAGAUGGAAGAAAAUUACCAUUAACUACUGCACUCAAAAAAAUGCGAAACCUGAUUAGAAAAAUGCAGCCUUCAUUUGAGUAAAAUAAGGAAAAAGAAAACAACAAAUGCUGAUACAGUUGAACUUGUCUUUAGCAGUCAUUUGUCAAAGUCCUGAUUUUUCUCCCUUAAAUACUGUUAUUUUAACUUCAAUUAAGUGAUUGAGGUCACUCCUUAAUGAGUUCCAAUGCCUGUUUGUAUUGUUAUGGUAAUCUGGUAUUGACUGAGUUGAUAACAUAAAUUGGUCAUUUUUACCAUUUUCAAAACUGUGUUAGCCCUUUGUCAUCACUCUAAGGAGUGAAUAUAUAACCAUUAGCCUCUAUUUGGUGCAAAAAUAUAAUGGAUAUUUGUCAUAUUUGUGAGCUUCGAGGAACAGAUGAUGUCCAAGGACAAACAUUCAUACAUAUUUUUUUGUGCAAAAUAGAGGCUACUGUAUUUGUUAUCUCUAAAUAUUUUAAUUUGGGGUGUUCAAACUGGGCUGUGCAGUUGUGCCUUUCAAAGUUAUUUUAUCUUGGUUUCAAGGUUUAAUAAGCUUUUUACUAUUAAACAACAAAUAUAUAUAAAAUUAUACUGUUUAAUCCUCUUAUAUUUAGAACCAUAAGGUAUCAAAAAAAAAAUAACACUGUUUAAAUUGGAUCUUAGUGCGACUGUUAAACUAUUCACAAGUGUACAGUUUGAUUCCUGAUGAAGUACACCUUCACUUAUGCUUAAAGAGAACUUUCACCAGGAGUGUUCGAUGCUGAUGGGUAAAGCUCUUGAUAUUUUCUUGUAUUUGAUAAAUUGAAAGGUGCAAUGGUUACAACUCAUCAUAUUGAGCAUUUCAUAAUAUUGGGGUAUGCUAUCAAUGC